AUGGACUCCCGCGACGAAGACCGUGCUGAGAAGGGUGUCGAAGAAACCUCCACUCAGACCGACCACGACAUCACGAAACUCGAGUCGGCCCAUAUUGAGGUCGAGACAAGAGAGGACGGUCACGGUGACGGGUCCGACGCCAGCCAUGUCCAAUGGACGACUCGUCAGAUUCUGGCGACGCUCUCUCUUGCCUUUUUGUAUUGUGCAAGUCUGUCGUUCAUAGUCAAACAGGUUGGCGGCGCCGAUAUUGAUUCAUGGCUACCCCAGUCCUACGCGCUGGCCUUUGCCUCGCUGGCACCCUUCAGCGGCUACCUGCAAGACGUCUUCGGACGUCGCUACAUCUCCCUCACCGGCGGCCUCGUGCUGUGUGUCGGCCUCAUCAUCGUCGGCACCGCGCGAACCAUGGCCCAGGGGAUCGUGGGCUGCACGAUUUCCGGAGUGGGUGCCGCCAUCGGCGAGCUAACGGCGUUGGCGGGCACGUCUGAACUCGUCCCCGUGAGGAAAAGAGGCUGGUAUCUAGGCCUGGUCACUGGGUGCAUCCUGCCCUUCUCGCCGUAUGCGAUCUAUACCACUGAGCUCGGUAUGCAUUCAACGUGGCGGUGGGGGAUCUGGAUAGCCUUAAUCUGGAACGCAAUAGCCACUGCCGGAAUCGCCGUCUUCUACUUCCCACAGUCUCAGGUCCGUGGACAGCGGAAGACGGUCCGCGAGAUCCUCCCCAAGAUAGACUUUAUCGGAGCCCUGCUAUCGAUAGGCGGUCUCACGUUAUUCCUGGUAGGGACCACCGCGGGCGGGUACACGGCUCCAUGGAAGAGCUCGAAAGUGCUCGGUCCCUUGGUGAUUGGUAUUGUCAUGAUCAUCGGUUUUGGAGCCUGGGAGUGGAAGGGCGCGAGCUUCCCGAUGGUGCCUCGUGAGUUAUUUGCCGGCCACCGCAUCGUCGCCAUGAGCUUCCUGGUCUCGUUCGUGGCUGGCAUGUACUUCUACGGGCUCCUCAACUUCUUCCCCGUCGUCUACUUGGACGUCUACAGACCUGAUCCCAUCCAGUCCGGUCUCAAGGGUGUCAUCGCCUCCCUAGGAGUGACCGCAGGAGCCGUGGUGCCAAACAUGCUGCUGUCGGUGUGGAAAAACCACAACAGAUGGAUCCUCUUUGCGUGCGCCGUUCUCACGACGGCGUUCGGGUCAGCGCUUGUGACCACUACGCCGGAGAAUCCAGUCCAGACCGUCGCGCUGGCAACCGUCGCUGGCUUCGGGAUUGGUGGCGUCGUCGCAAUGGCCGUCACCACCGCCGUGGUGGGUUCACCGGACGACCUGAUCGCGACGUGCGUGGCUCUCUCCCUGUCCAUCCGCACCGUGGGCGGCUCCGUCGGCACCGCGAUCUACUCCAACAUCUUUGGCACCAAACUCAAGCGCACCCUGCCGAAAUACGUGGCCACAUACGCCGUCGGGGCCGGGCUGCCUCUGGCCUCAGUUCCCACGUUCGUCGAGCUUUUCCUAACGGCGCCGCAGAAUCUGUCUUCCCCUGCAGCCCCCUCGGAGGUCCCUGGUCUCAGUGCAGCAGUCAUCCAGGGCGCCACGGUCGGUGCGCGCUGGGCAUAUGCCGAGAGCCUCAAGUAUGUCUGGUACACGGCGCUGCCGUUUGGGGUCUUGUCGUGCGUGGCGUGCUUGCUUAUUGGGAACUCGUCGACGUUGAUGACGAAUCGCAUUGCUGCGAAUGUUCGGCGUUGA